GGGAGUCUGGAAUGGCUAGUUUGCCCUCCAGGAGGAUCUGCACAUUUGUGUAUUAAAGUUCCUGGGAAGUUCUCAUUGUUAAAUUGUUUUUGACAUUGUUCCUUUUUAGGUCGAGUGCCCCUCCCCCAGCACUCUCAUUUGGGAAACACUGGUGGCCCCCUGGUGGAGGAUGCCAGCCCUUCCUGACCUCUGGUAGCAAAGACCUGUGGAGCAUUGCAGUCUGUGGAAUUUAGGUCGGCGAAAGCAGAAGUGGGCUGUGGACCCAAGAAACACUGCAUGGAGUAAUGACGAUUCCAAGUUUGGCCAGAGGAUGCUAGAGAAGAUGGGUUGGUCUAAAGGAAAGGGCUUGGGGGCUCAGGAGCAAGGAGCCACAGAGCAUAUUAAAGUUCAGGUUAAAAAUAACCACCUGGGACUUGGAGCCACCAUCAAUAAUGAAGACAACUGGAUUGCUCAUCAGGAUGACUUUAACCAGCUUCUGGCUGAGCUGAACACUUGCCACGGACAGGAAGCCACAGAUUCCCCAGACAACAAGGAAAAGAAAUCUUUCAACCUUGAGGAAAAGUCUAAAGUCUCCAAAAACCGAGUUCACUACAUGAAAUUCACAAAAGGAAAGGACCUGUCUUCUCGAAGCAAAAUGGAUCUUGACUGCAUUUUUGGGAAAAGACAGAGCAAGAAGACUUCAGAGGCUGAGGGCAGCCCUGCCACUGAGGACAAGAGUGAGGCCUCUACUACAACCACCAGCACCAUCACCAUCCAGGAGUACUUCGCCCAGCGCAUGGCCCAGCUGAGGACCAAGUCUCAGCAGCCCACUCCUGAGCCUGGCCUUUCAGAGACCCCCAUGGGAUGGAAGAGGGGAAAGAAAAAGAACAGAGAGGUGGCAGCAGAUCAAGACGUGGAGAAUUUUCCCCAAACCACAGCCUGGCGGCCUAAAAAGAAAAAGCGGGAAGAAGAGGAAAGCCAGGGAUACACAGCCACGAAGGAAGACCAGGCCAAGCAGCAGGACCCCUUCGGGGACGAGGCCGCUGAGGACCGUGUCCAGGCCCCUGGUGGCCAGGAGUGUACCCCGAAGCCCAGAAAGAGCAGAGCAAAGACAAAGCGACAGCAGCUGGUAGAGGCAGCUGUUGAUCCUGCUCCAGAUGAAGCUCCUGUGAAGAGGAAGAAGAAGAAGAAGAAAAAGAAAGCUUCUGGAUGAAUUCCCCCCUCCGGGCCUUGGAGCAGUGCUCUGGCAGGCACACGGGCAAAGCCAGCCUGAAGCCUGGAGCAGGGUCAGCCAGCAAAGCUGGGUACAGCUUGCGGCUCUCGGGCAGAUGCCUCAACUUGCCUCUUACCCCUUUCCACAUCAUCUUCCAGAAGACACGUUCUGCUGUUCCACGUUGUGACUCUCAGCAAUAAAUAAACAGUUUCAAACUCUGA